CAGUGGCCGCCGACCACAAGGCUGUGCUAUGCUGUGCCUCUGUCGCAUGUCUCAACAAUGGCACACUUGCGCGCUUAGAGUCGCAUUGCAUCCUUACAGAUCAGACAUGGUCUGGACAAUCGCCCAGAUGCACGACCGCGAGGACGAGAGCAUACCAAGCAAUAGUAUCCUGUAACAGCUCCAAACAUGCCGAAACAAGCAGACCACGAUGAAGGCGUUCGGCGCAGGCGCUCAACACAAGCCGACGACAGCGAGCGAGACGAGCAUAGGGAUGGCAUUGCGGCGCACCAUACCGAACAGGGAGCAGCAAACGCGCCAAACUCGCCAGCAAACGAGCAUAGAGUACGGUUCUCAAUGGAUGCAGACAACCACCGCAAGAGCAAGAAGCGAAAGAGUGAUGAGAUGGACCGCAACGAUGAUGGCGCUGAACAUUCAAAGAAUCCGCAGUUGUCCGUCAACACUGGACUGGCUCAGGCUUCAGGGCAUGGGCCGAACAACGGAGCAGAGAGUGCUGAAUCGCCCAUUCUCUCUCCGAGAAGUCGGACACGAGGCAUGUCGCUGCGGUCUUCGCUAUUCAUGAGAAACAUGAAUACAAGAUCCCCCACUGCCAUAGAGCUCCAGGAAGUUGGAUCAUCGAGCGAAUCGGGAAGUGUUGGUCCACGUCCGCCGCCCUUCAAGAAGGACCAGAGAACAUCAAUUACAGUAACGCCUGUUCAUGAGACUUGGGAUUCGCAUCCACUCAAGCUAACGCGGCAGCUGCGAGGUGCAUCGGCGCUUCCGAACUAUCAGCAGUGGGUAGCGACUCAAGCCAAGAGGCAUUUACCUGUCGAGAAGAUGAAGUCAGCAUAUACCCGAACCUACAAGUUCAUUCUACGCAUUCAAGACAUACCGCCUACAAAGGACGGACGACAUAUACCAGUAGAACCAUCACGGAAGACAGCCCUCACAGACGAGCGUACUGGCAAGCCGUAUGUGGGCAACAUCAUUCGCUCGUCCAAAUACAAUGCCUGGAAUUUCCUUCCGCGACAGCUGUUUGCACAGUUCUCAAAGCUUGCCAAUGCCUACUUCUUGGGUGUCUCGAUACUGCAAAUGAUUCCAGGAUUAUCGACUACUGGAACGUACACCACCAUCGCGCCUCUCCUGUUUUUCGUCUCCCUCAGUAUGGCCAAAGAGGGCUAUGAGGACCUACGCCGACAUCGACUUGACAAAGCUGAGAACAAUUCUGAAGCGAAAGUGUUGCAUGUAUACAGGCCGGUUGGCGCAGGGAAUGUGAAGUCCACGCACGAUGGAGACCAUUCGGUACCAAUCGAGGGCCCUGCACAUUGGGCUACAGUCAAAUGGCACUCUGUACAAGUGGGAGAUAUUAUCAAGCUGGAACGUGAUGAUGCGGCACCGGCUGAUCUUGUUGUACUCUCCAGCGAAGGCGCAAAUAACACAGCCUACUUGGAAACAAUGGCAUUGGAUGGAGAGACCAAUUUGAAGGCGAAGCAACCCAACCCAGCUACCGUCGAACUUGCGAAGAAUGCCGGGUCAUUGACUCAAUCCCAAAUGGAAAUUGUCGCAGAAGAUCCAAAUCUGGACCUCUACGCUUUCGAAGGGCGGCUGACAGUUGGUGGAAAGACCUCGCCGCUAACCAAUAAUGAGGUCAUUUAUCGUGGGAGUAUCUUACGCAAUACUCCUUCGAUGAUCGGACUCGUGGUGUACACCGGGGAAGAAUGCAAGAUAAGGAUGAAUGCUACAAAGGACAGUCGUGUGAAGGCGCCCAAUUUGCAGUCACUAGUCAACAAGAUCGUCAUCGGUAUGGUCCUGUUCGUGCUUUUCUUGUCACUCUUUAACUCAAUCGCCUAUCAAGUCUGGCAGAACAAUACGGAGAGCAAGGCAUGGUAUAUUCAAGAGGCGCCCGUCAGCUUCGGUCCACUCUUGACAAGCUUCAUCAUCAUGUUCAACACGCUGAUUCCGCUGUCGCUUUAUGUCAGCUUGGAGAUCAUCAAAGUAUCACAGAUGGUGUUGAUGAACUCGGAUGUCGAUAUGUACGAUCCAGCGACCAACAUGCCGUUUGAGAGCCGGACCAGCACCAUAAACGAGGAAUUGGGUCAGGUCGGUUACGUGUUUUCCGACAAAACCGGCACUUUGACCGAGAAUGUGAUGAAGUUUCGCAAAAUGAGCGUAGCUGGCAAUGCUUUCAUUCACGACAUGGACCUCGACAACGCGGAAAGCCAGCCACAGCCACUGCUUCACAAGAAACGAACAAAAGGAAAAGAAAAGAAGCCAAUAAGGGUUUCAAGGUCGAUUUCAAGGUCUCGAUCUAGGCCGCGCAAGUCGACAGCUAGUGAAGAGCUACUCAAUGAUCCUGGCCAUGCCUCAAAUCGUCCCAGUACACUGCGUCGCGACUCGCAACCACGACCUAGCCGCUCUUCCGCAACGCAAUGGCGCUCGUCAGCCGUUCCGGCGCUGACUUCCAUGGAACACAAUACGCGGGAACUCAUCAGAUACCUUGAGCAUCAGCCAAACACAGCGUUUGCCAAUAAAGCCAAGCUUUUCAUUCUUUCCAUCGCCCUUUGCCAUACCUGUCUACCAGAGCGUGGUGAAGGGAAUGAUGACGAUGAAAACAUCACCUUUCAGGCAUCCUCGCCAGAUGAGCUGGCACUGGUACGGGCUGCACAAGAGCUAGGUUACCUCGCUUACGAUCGUGAUGCCGCUAUCCUGACUCUGAAGAUAUCAGCCGGUGGUCGUGAUGCCCAGCCAGUAUUCGAGAAGUACGAGGUACUGGACAUCGUGGAAUUUAGCAGCGCAAGAAAGCGGGCUUCUGUCAUUAUCCGCAUGCCAGAUGGCAGGAUCGUGGUUCUCUGCAAGGGAGCUGAUUCUGUCAUCAUGAAGAGGUUGCGCUUGGCUAGCCUGGCUCAGCAGAAAUUGGCAGAGAUAGAGAAGCACACUGUCCAGCGCAGAUCCAUGGAAGCUCAGGAAGCACUGCGCAGGCAAAGUAGCAUCGCCGAGCGAGCUGGCAGCGUCACUAGCCCACGCACAAGCAACUCACUUGCGAGACGGAGCGUCGCAAGGGCAAGCAUCGGGCAUCUGAGUCCUAUUCGUGAUAACCUCGACGGGUGGCUGAAUGAACGCGAGCAUGACGUUACUGACUCACCCAGAGCAAGCUCACACUUCCGCCGUUCCACAACGCGUCCUACGAUGGCACAGCGAAGUGGAUCACAUCAAUCUGAGAUUGAGAACUACACAGCCAUCGACGAAGCUGCAGCGACAGAUGAGGCUGUGGUAAUCGAGCGCUGCCUGCAACACAUCAACGACUUCGCCACCGAAGGGCUGCGCACCCUGCUCUAUGGCCAUCGGUUUCUGUCAGAAGAGGAAUAUCGUUCUUGGAAGAAAGUCUAUCAUGAUGCGACCACAUCGCUUGUCAACCGUACCGAGCUCAUCGAAAAGGCAGGCGAGAUGAUCGAGUGUGGCUUCGAGCUGGGUGGCGCGACCGCCAUUGAAGAUAAGCUACAGCAAGGCGUGCCGGAAACGAUCGAUCGACUGCGAAGGGCGAACAUUAAGAUGUGGAUGCUCACAGGUGACAAGCGUGAGACUGCUAUCAAUAUCGGCCACAGCUGCAGACUCAUCAAGGACUACUCGUCAGUCACAAUUCUGGACUCUGAAGCAGGCGACGUCGAGCACAGUAUUGCUGCAGGCAUCAUUGAUAUCAAUCGGGGCGAUAUCGCUCACUCCGUCGUCGUUAUCGAUGGCGGCACAUUGUCCCAGAUCCAAUCAGAUGAUGCUCUCCACGCUCUGUUCUUGGAUCUCGCCAUCCUGACCGACUCAGUCAUCUGCUGCCGAGCUUCACCGAGCCAGAAGGCUGGCCUUGUUAAAGCCAUCAAACAGCGUAUCAAAGGGACCGUGACACUGGCAAUUGGAGACGGUGCUAACGACAUCGCCAUGAUCCGAGAGGCCUCGGUAGGCAUUGGCAUCACUGGAAAAGAAGGCUUACAAGCAGCGCGCACAUCCGAUUACAGUAUUGCUCAGUUCCGCUUCCUCGUCCCAUUGCUUCUCGUUCAUGGGAGGUGGAACUACAUCCGGACUUGCAAGUAUACUGUUGGCACUUUCUACAAAGAGAUGCUUUUCUACUUGACGCAAGCCUUAUACCAGAGAUACUCUGGCUACAGCGGAACGAGUCUGUACGAAUCGUGGUCCCUCAGCAUGUUCAACACGCUUUUCACAAGUCUGACGAUCAUUUUUCUUGGCAUAUUCGAGCAAGACCUGAGGGCAUCCACACUCAUCGCAGUUCCGGAGCUCUACACGAAAGGACAACGCUCAGCAGGUUUCAAUAUCAAGGUCUUCACGGGAUGGAUGUUCACUGCCGUUGCCGGCGCCAUGAUCGUCUUCUUCUCGGUGUGGGGUCUUUACGGAGACGCGAUUUUCUCGUCGUCGAACGAUGUCUUUGGUCUUGGCACCAUGAGUUUCACGGCUUGCGUUAUUAUCAUCGCUAUCAAAUUACAGGUCAUCGAGCAGCGUUAUAAGUCCAUCAUGGCAUUCCUUGCCGUCUUCCUGUCCGUCGGAGGCUGGUUUCUCUGGAAUAUUAUUCUGAGCGCGGUGUACGCUCCUAGCUUGAAGUACAGUGUCCGAGAUGGGCUAUUCUCACGCUUUGGGCGGGAGGGCAUGUGGUGGAUGGCCUUGAUCAUUAGCGUUGUCGCAGUGUCGAUCAUGGAGAUCGGCAUCCGAGCUGUCAAAUGCGCAUUUAUGCCUACCGAUGUGGAGACUUUCCAGACGCUGGAACAAGACUUGGAAGUCCGCAAGCGUUUCGAAGAGGCUAGUGCUCCAUGGCUGCAGCAGGGCUGGAAUCAUGGGACUAAGAAGACUAGCUUGGAGCUUCAGGAGGCGGCUGCUGAACAAGAAAGAAGGGAAAUGGAGGUUGAGCAGUUGCUGAGCAGACCGAGAACGAUGGAGACCAGCCUGGAAGAAGGGUUCGCCAAGCCGAAGCGAACUGGAACGGAGCCUGGUCUUACGAUGAUCGCUGAUGGUCCAAGAACAAGCACUGAGAUCAAUGAGAUGCUCUCGAGAAGAUUUGGAAACGUGCAGGAACAAGAUGUGUAA